AUGGCCAGCCCUCUCAUCCUCGGGGCCAUCCUGCUGGCGGUGGCUGCGGUAUGGAGAUUGCUACAAGUCGGUCGCCGAGAUCCCAGGCUCCCACCCGGCCCGCCGACCACUCCCAUCGUGGGAAAUGCGCUCCAGAUUCCUCUGACCGGACUGGGGAAAAAAUUUCACGAAUGGGCCCGCGAGUAUGGACCGAUCUAUUCCCUCAAGGUGUUCAGCGGGACCAUGAUUGUGCUGGCAGACCGCCGGGCCGUCCACGAGCUGUUAGACAAGAAAGGGAGCAUCUAUUCCGACCGGCCGUAUCUCGCAAUACCGAUGUUCCUGAGUAGGGGCCACCAUAUGACCUUUGAGCAAACCACGCCGCAAUGGAGAGACAAGCGGGCCGUGUUCACGCGAAACCUCAAUCCUAAGAACUUGGACGAGAAACAUUUCAAGGUGCAGGAAGCAGAAUCGAUCCUAUUCCUGAACAACCUCUUGGACCAUCCCAACCAAGCCUUCGACUAUGCCAGGCUGUACGCGUCUUCGGUGGCGUCCAUUCUAGGCUGGGGGUUCCGGGCCAAGGACUUCAAUUCCUUCUUCUACAAGGACUUUUACGAAUUUGUGGACCAGUUCCUCAAUGCCAUCGAACCGGGAGCCAAUCCGCCCGUGGAGCAGGCCCCGUGGCUGUGGUAUCUUCCAGGAGCAUGGAAGAGGCGAGCUUACCGCGUGCGAGAUAUUAUGGAUAAGACAUGGUACAAGGCGCGACAGAUGGUGGAAGAGCGCCGCGAACGGGGAGACAUUCGCAACUCCAUCAUCGAUCAGAAACUGUCCGAGUAUGAGAAGGACGGGUGGCCCAUGUCGCAGCACUCGUUCAAUAUGCUGUUCGGAGAAAUACUCGAAGCCGGCGCAGACACCACGGCCAACAUGCUCCUGACCAUCAUUCUGGCCCUCACCAAGUUUCCGGAGGUUCAGGCGAAGGCACGAAAAGAACUCGACGAGGUCUGUGGACUCGAGAGGACGCCGCUGUUCUCGGAUUUCGAGAGACUCCCCUACAUCAACUGCAUCAUCAAGGAGGCGUUGAGAUGGCGUCCAACUUCGGACCUAGGCAUUCCGCAUCGACUCGCCAAAGAUGACUGGUACAACGGCAUGUUCUUUCCCAAGGACAGCACCGUUUGGCUCGCCACUUGGGCCAUCCACCAGGAUGACAACGAGUAUCCCGAUCACGACCGGUUCGACCCCGAUCGAUUUAAGAACCACACCAAACUCGCCAACGAUUACGCGGUUGGGCCUGACUGGCAAGGACGAGAUAAGUUCCCUCAUCCCUCACCCCCAAUCCUCCCUCUUCCCUCCCCUUACUUGGUGCAGCUACUGGUACUGCUACUGGUACUGCUACUGGUACUGCUACUGGUACAGCUACUGGUACAGCUACUGGUACUGCCAAUACAUUUACAUCACUACGGAUACGGAGCUGGUCGAAGGAUGUGUCCUGGCAUCCACCUGGCCGAAAGGAGCAUGUGGCGAGUGACUGCCAAAUUGCUUUGGGCGUUCGAGCUCGAGGAGCUGCCGGACAAGCCGCUGGACGUCAAUGCGUACACGUCGUCGAACCUGGUCCGGCCACUGGAGUAUGAGGUCAAGGUGAAGCCUCGUAGCCAACAGCAUGAAGCUGUCCUGAAGAAGGAGUUGACCGGCGCCUUGGCUUUUCUGGGUCAAUAUGACUGA